AUGCUUGACGUUCUAGACUUCAUUACAGACCGAGGGGGUGAUCCGCAGAAAGUGCGAGAGAGCCAGCGCAGAAGAUACGCCGACGAAGGUGUUGUUGAUGAGGUGAUUGCAUUAUACGAAGAUGCUCGAGCGACAAAGUAUGAAGCAUCUCAGGUUAGAACGCAGAUCAAUGGCGUACAAAAAGAGAUUGGACAGCUGAAGAAGGCCAAACAAGACGCAACGGAACGGUUGGCACGAAAGGCAGAAUUGGAGAAAGAGGUGAAGCGGAUAGAAGAUCUUGCCGUGGAGAAGGAGAGACAACGUGAUUUGAAGAUCAAGACCAUUGGAAACUACGUUCACGACUCCGUUCCCAUCGAUAACAAUGAGGACAACAACGCUCUACAGCGGAAGUGGGCUCCAGAAGGGGUGACAGUGGAGAAGAAGGAUUGCCUCUCUCACCAUGAAGUCCUUACGAGGAUAGACGGCUAUGACCCGGAAAGAGGCGUCAAGGUUGUUGGUCACAGAGGAUACUGUCUGACCGGCUAUGGCUUGUUCCUCAACCUUGCAUUGAUCAAUUAUGGCCUGGAAUUCCUCUUCAACAAAGGCUACAAGCCAAACCAGCCUCCACAUUUCAUGCUGAAAGAAAAAAUGGCCAAAACAGCACAACUGGAACAGUUCGAUGAAGAGCUAUACAAAGUAGUUGAAGGAGGAGACACGCCCGAUAAGUAUCUAAUAGCAACCUCUGAACAACCGCUCUCCGCACUGCAUGAUAGCGAAUGGAUGAGCGAGAAAGACCUUCCAAUCAAAUAUGCCGGCUAUAGUACCUGUUACCGAAAAGAAGCAGGUUCCCAUGGUAAAGACGCCUGGGGGAUCUUUCGAGUUCACCAAUUUGAAAAGGUUGAACAAUUUCUCUUCACCAAGCCCGAAGACUCCUGGCAAGCAUUUGAGGACAUGAUCGCUGUGGCAGAAGAAUUCUACCAGUCUUUGAAGCUUCCAUAUCGAGUUGUUGCAAUCGUCUCUGGAGCACUCAACAAUGCUGCAUCGAAGAAGUAUGACCUUGAGGCGUGGUUUCCAUUCCAAGGAGAAUACAAAGAACUCGUUUCCGUCUCGAAUUGUACAGACUACCAAUCUCGAGAGCUGGAAAUACGGUGUGGACAAAAGAAAAUGCUUGAUACCAGGAAAACUUAUGUGCAUGCCCUCAACGGCACUUUGUGUGCUGCAGAAAGAACAUUAUGCUGCGUCCUUGAGAACUAUCAGACGGAAGAUGGCAUUGUUGUCCCCGAAGUACUUCGCAAAUAUAUUCCCGGCGCUCCUGAAUUCCUCCCAUUUACAAAGGACCUGCCGAAAGACACGACCUCGCAAAAGGUGAAGGCGAAGCAAGUCGGUAGAGGCACUGACCAAGUACAAGCCAAGUCAACUGACGGUGCUGCAACAAAGAUGCAAGAUCUGAGGGUCUGA